CUGCCAGCGGUCCAGCAUGAACACCGACCAUACGGGCUGCUUUCGGGAGCAGGUUGGGGGGGGGGAUGGAGGAGGGAUGAGUUAGGUGCCGCUCCACAGGGCCUUAGGGGUCAGCCCCCACCUGGGGGUGGCACAGGGGUGGGUGCGGGCACCCACGGCAGGGCAGAGAGGGGGUGCACACGCGUGGGAAAGGGGUGGGCAGCCUGGGUGAGUGCGGAGGGGGAGGAAGGCGGUCCUGGGGGGAGGCUGGAAAGGGGUGGAGUUGCUGUUUUUUCUUUGAACACGGUGAAGACUUUAGCUUGGAACUUGCAUUUGUGGAGCUCCCAGCCGGCAGGAAUCAGCUCUCCCUCCUGCGGGAGAGCCCCUGGGGGAACAGGCUGCACCGCUCCGCUGCCCUGCGCUUUGGGGUGGCAGCUUCGGGGCAUGGGGCGAUCCUCAGCUGUGCCCUCUUCGCCUUUUUUCUCUUUCUCUUUUUGCUUGUUUGGGGGCUUGUGCUAACGCUGCCUGUGCCUGGAGGGAUCCGGGACCAAGCCAUCCCUCGGCUGCACGAAUUGGCUUCCCACCUGCUCGCAGCCUCGAAGAAGUUUCCCCUCCAUCUGAGGCACUGUGAGAAGAAAGGCAGGAGGUGGCUCGGAGCCCACUGGCCCGUGGUGCCGAGCCCUGGCAUGUGAGGGGUGGGCAGGGGGACAGCAAGCUUUCCUCUUGCCUUCCCCGGAGAUUUGGGAUCACGCAUAGACCAUGAAUGGAUCCUUUUUCAACCAGACUCUCCUAGAGCAGGGAGCUUACCCCAACAGGACCCAGGGCUUGGGGAUGCUCAUGGCCUGCUGCAAUGGGACCGGCUCAGUGCUGGCGACUGACGGCGGCUCCUCGGUCCUGGCGCCCGAUGAGAGGAGCCUUUACAUCACGCGGGUGGUGCAGAUCGCUGUCCUCUGUGUCCUCUCCUUGACUGUGAUGUUCGGCAUCUUCUUUUUGGGCUGCAACUUGCUCAUCAAGUCGGAGAGCAUGAUUAACUUUCUGGUGAAGGACCGAAGACCUUCCAAGGAUGUGGGAGCAGCAAUCAUGGGACUUUACUGAAGCCACCGGGCUUUUGUAGGCAAGUGAACUGUCUGGACCUGGUGCUGAGAUGCACAUUCCCAUGUGUUUGGGGCAGCUGGGGGGAGUGGAAAGGGGGGAGAGGGGUCUUUUAAUAUGUCUCUGUCCAUGGGAAAGCAAACCUGCGCUUCCCAGUCAACAAACUCUGUCGUGGUGAAUGGGGAAAUCUCCCCCAAGUUGUAUGAAGCACAAUAAAUGACCAGCAUCGUGUUGCAUGCAGAAAUGGCUUAAGUUUUGCAUGAAACUUGCAGAAACAGUGAUAAUGUGCAGAUCUGGAGUCUUUUCUGCUGUUACCUUGGAUACCGCUACCUGGUAUUUAGGGCUAAAAAAAAAAAAAGAAAAAAAAAGGCAAGUAACUCACUACAAAAAGAAAAAAAACCCACUAAAAGGAAAGCAAAAUGCAUGGCACGGACCACAUCUUUGACCAUGGGGCAGGGGAAGGGAAGUGCCGUGUGCGUUGUACAACAAAGUCUCCAUGCUACAAAAUGUGUCAGUCUGUUUGUAUUUCGGACCUCAAGCAUGCAUCUUCUGCUAGAGUUUUGUAAUGAGGAAAGCAUGUUCUUCCUUUUUUUCUGAGCUAUCCUGUUAAAUAAACCAGUACUUUCUUCUUCUUUCACACUAUGCUGAAGGAAGAAAAGAACCCAGAUAAAUACAAAAACCCACUCCAACCCCAGAACAAAAGCAUGCUUGUUUUUGUACACAACAGCCUUUUUUCCAAGUGCUAUCCUGUUACAGUCCUUGACGUUUUUGUAGUUUUUUGAAAACUGGUGAACAUUCAGGAAAAAAAGAACCUGUUUCAAAAGAA